AUGCCCGCACCACCCAUUCAGUCUCGACCUCGCGCCGCAGUGCAUCCCGUGUACGACUCCCCCGCCGACAGCAACCCCCGUCCACUCAAGCGACAGCGCAUACAGUCAAGUCCUUGUCCCAUCCCCCACUCGGACGGCUACUCUUCAGAGCUCGAACCGCUCACCAGCCUCCCUCCAAGCAGCGAUCCCGCACUCCGACCAAAACCUCUCUCUUUCGAUCCCUCUCAAGAUGGCCUCAGACCCAUCCCUCCCGCAAUAUUGCUCGUCAGCUUACCUUCUCUGCUCGCUCACCCACCCAACCACAAGUACUAUGUCCAUUCCCUUAUUAUUUCACUCGCCGCGCUUCGUAAAUGCUUGACUCUUCCUGCGCUUCCUCCGGAUAUUGAAUGUAGGGCCUGGACCGGUCUGGCGGAGCUGGGCAUGCGAGUAAUCGGUGGAGGAUUCAGCCAGAGCGAGGAGCACGGCUGGGCGCGAGGGAUAGAGCAAGAGGUCGAGAAAGCCCUGAGCCGAGGUUCCAUAAUAGCUCAGAAGCACCCAUCUUUACGCGCAUACAAGCACCAAUCCGCACUCCUCCAAGCCCAGCUCUCGCACUGGCAGCACAAGACUAAGUUCGCCCGGAACCAAAUUCGCACCCUCCUCGCGUCUUUCAUGCCCACUGAUCCCCCUCACAUCAUCUAUUCAGCUCAAUUGACACUGAUAUCCUUCCUCACCACGCCCGUUUCCGCCCCCAAACCUUCCCCUGGCGCAUCCAUAUUGUCUACUCCCGGGAAGCCUCGACCGAACAGCAAUUCCUCGCACUACCGCUCCGGCUCGUCGACGCCCCACCCGAGCCUGCAGGACGUCCACGCUGCGCUCGCAGCCGUCCAAGAGCUCGAGAACCGCGCGACGGCGCAGUGCCACAAGCAAGUGGCGCUCCUCGCACGCGUCCUCCGCACACGCAUCCUCGUUGCAGCUGGGAUGUGGGCAGAUGUUCGUGACGCGGCCCAGCGGUCGGAGGCUGCUCUGGGGCUUUCUUACGAGCCGAUGGCGACUCCCAAAGCGCGAAAGCCGCUGCAGCCUUCGCAGAGCAAUGGGGUGGCGGGCGCGGGGAAGGCGAAUGCGCCGCCACCGACGGAGCAGACGUUUAUUAUGUUUGAUAACACGUUCGAGGCGGCUAUGGCAGUCCAUCUGUUGAUGCUGUCUGUGGUGUAUUAUACACAUACGGGAGAGGCGGCGGAGGUCUCCCCGCGACUAUCUCACCUACAUGCGCUUCUCGACUCGGAGAUACUGGACAAGUUUCCGGAUGGACUCAUCGAGCUUGCGCUUCCUGAUAGCUCAUCGCUGGUGGUCCAAGUGACGCAUCCCAGAGUACUGUUCUUGCUCGCGUUUCUCAUCAGCAGUACGUCGAAGAGGGACGCAGUCGGCCGUAAGCCGAAACGGAAGGUGUUCGCUACGGAGGGUCUGGCUACGUGGGACUCGGAAGCUUCCCGCGAGAUAAGUUUCUCGCUGUGGGCGAGCAUGGGGGACGUGCAGGAGGUCGAGGAGCGCUUGGCGAGGAUAAAGGCUGACCUGCUGUGCGAAGUCAUAGCAGUCUCGACCAUGCGGAGCGAAUUCGACACCGCAGAAGAGAACCUCAAUACGCUAAUCUCACACACCCGCACCUACGACAUCUUUCCCCUUUUCUCCGCGCGCAUUGCAUUGCAUCACGCGCACCUCGCACAUGCCCUCGCUCGACCUGCGCGCGCACUCCGAUGUUAUCAAGCGGCCGCCCACCAUUCGGAGGCAGGUAGCUUCGUGCACGUCGCUGCGCGCGCAGGCGAGAUUGCAUUGCGCGUAGGUGUGCAGCGGCGGCGUGCGGCGUUGGGAGACGAAUGGCGAGAGGGUCUAUCCGCAGCAGACGAUGAUUGGCCGGGUGACCUUGACGAUGACGACGACGAGGAACUCGAAGCGCGGGGCAUGGAAGUCGUCAAAGCCUGUCGCGGAAUGGGUGGGACACUGGAGGCGAUCGGGCAGGUGGUCGAGGCGUGUCUCACUCCGGAGAUCUUGAAGUCCAAACAGCAUCUCAAGCAUGCGCUCGAGCUGGCGACGAAGGCGCAGGACAACCACCUCCGUGCGCUUGUCCUCGCCCUCAUCUCGGCGCACUACCUGCACACGGCCGGCGACCACGCACGUGGGAUGCUCCAAACGUGCGAGCAGCUUGCUGCAGGCCUGGGCGCUCUCACGAAGCCCACUGGGGGUCCCGGUGCCCCGGCUCCGGAUGGCGGGAAAGAUGUGGUUGGGAACGCCCCGCUGGGGCUGUGGGUUGGGGAGAGGUUCUUGGAGCUAUACAAGCGAUACGGCAAGGACGCGCGGGCGCAGAAGCAGGCGGGCGUGAAUGCGCGGCUUUCACGCGCUGUGCAGGAGCUUGCGGAGAGAGGCGUAUCGUCUUGA